ACCAGAUCAAGUUGACCACCCUGCAAAUUGUGCAAUGAAAUUAAUUGAACUUCGAUUGACCUGACAGCAUCUUGGGAGUGACAGAUCACCGCUCAGUUUUAGGUUGGUUAAUUUAGUGUAGCUGUUUAACCUAUCACAAUGUCUGUUAACGAGGAUUUUGACAAAGCUGUAGAAGAUGUAAAGAAACUAAAAACACAGCCUGGAAAUGAUGACUUGCUAGAAAUAUAUGCGUUAUUUAAACAAGCUAGUGUGGGGGAUUGUAACACUGACAAACCUGGCAUGCUGGAUUUUAAAGGCAAGGCAAAGUGGGAAGCAUGGAAAAACAAAUCAGGCAUGGAUUCCAAUGCAGCUAAAGAAGCCUAUGUUAAGAAAGUUCAAUCACUCAUUGAAUCUAUUGGACUCAAUUAAUUGAAUUGUUAUCGUUUUUAUAUAUUAAUAUAUUGUUACUGUUAUUAAAUAUAUGGUUUUGCAUUUGCAAUGCAUUUACUGAAGCUACUGU